ACCUUUCCCCUCCUCUGCUGCAGACAGCGCUCCAUUUUAUUCACCGGGGUUCAGUACACAACUCUUGUCUUCCGCCCACCUGUACUGGUCUGUGGUACUGUUUGUUGCCUCCAUUGUUGUAGAAACUUUGUGCAAAAGGGGUAUAACGCCCUAGUGACUGCCAGCCACCAUGCCUUGGGUCCCUGCCGGGGGAGGACGCCUGUUACUGGUGUUAACGGUAAUGUUUGGUCUUGGCCGUAGUCUUCACUUAACGGUGAUCAAAAAUGACAAAUUUGAUGUUGACAAAGGCCUGGGUAGUCUAGUUAGGCAUAAGAGAGAAUGGAUCAUUCCACCAGUUUCUAUACGAGAAGAGGAGGAUAAUUCUUGGAGGAAUCCUAUUGCAAAAAUUCAAACCGAUAAACAGCUCGAUGCCUCUAUAAGAAUCCGAUACAAAAUCACCGGUAUGGGAGUUACUGAACCUCCUCUCGGCAUAUUCUAUAUUAAUGAGAGGACAGGAGAACUGAAUGUAACUGGGAUCGUGGACCGGGAGGUUACUAAAAUGUUCUAUCUCAAAGGUUUCGCAAUAGAUCAGUACAAUAAGAACGUGGAACCUCCUAUCGACCUAAGAGUGCGAGUUCUUGAUAUCAAUGAUAACGCUCCUGUUUUUACGGAGGAAGUUUUUAUCGCCGAGGUAGAAGAAUUGAGUCCAGGAAAAACUGUUAUUAUGAGGCUGAAUGCAACUGAUGCUGAUGAGCCAAAUACCGUGAACACUAAGCUUGCAUACAGAAUUCUCUCUCAGGUGCCAGGACAACAAGGAUUAUUCAUAGUGAUUAAAGAUACAGGUGAAGUUCUCACAACUGAGCACCUUCUCGACAGGGAGCAACAAAGCAGCUAUACCCUGGUUGUAGAAGUAAAAGACAGCGAGGGGCGUGAGGGUGCGCAAGUUGGAAGAGGCACUUUGAAAAUCAAAGUCAAGGAUGUUAAUGACAAUAUUCCUUACCUUGAAAAAGAAGAGUAUGAAGGAAAUGUUGAGGAAAACACAGCCAAUGUGGAAAUUUUACGUAUGAAAGCAUUUGAUGAUGAUGAAGAGUUUACAGAUAAUUGGCUGGCAAACUUUACAAUUAUCUCUGGCAAUGAAGAUGGCUAUUUUGAAAUUAUAAGAGAUUCUCAAACCAAUGAGGGAAUACUGAUGAUGGUUAAGGAAGCGGAUUAUGAAGUAAUGCAAAAUGCUGAACUGAAAGUUGUUGUUUCAAACCAAGCAUCAUAUCACCACUCGAUCAUUAGUAGUGGUGGUGGUGGUGGCGGCGGAGGAGGUGGUGGUGGUGGUGGCAGCUCUGGAAAGACAUUUCCUAUCAAAGUGAAUGUGAAAAAUGUACGUGAAGGCCCUGUGUUCCGUCCAAGAAAAAAGAAUCUUGCGAUCAGCGAGGGAAAACGUACGGUGAUAAAUCAGGUUAUUGGAUCAUACCAAGCAACCGAUGGAGAUACUGGAAAAAUUGCACAAAAUGUCAAGUAUGCCAAGGAGUACGAUCCAGAUAACUGGUUCAUCAUUGACCCUGUCACUGCUGAAAUUAAACUUUCAAAAAUUCCAGAUCGAGAGUCUAUAUAUGUUGUGAAUGGAACUUAUUUGGCGAAAAUAUUGGCUAUUAGUGAAGACAUGCCAGGAAAAACAGCCACUGGGACCAUUGCCCUCCAAGUAGAAGAUGAAAAUGAUAGUUGUCCGACCCUAGUUAAUCCAGUGCAAACCAUUUGCCAUACGGCUCCAUAUGUUAAUCUGACUGCUGUGGACCGAGAUGACUUCCCAAAUGCUGCUCCAUUUACUUUUACAGUUGUUGAUGAACCUGUUGGUAUUGCAAAAUUAUGGACAAUUGGUAAAAAAGAUGAUGUUAGCGUACAACUGAUACCACAAGACAUUUGGGCUGGGUCACAAAAAAUUAAAGUUUUGGUCACUGACAAUCAAGGACUGAGCUGUCCAGAAGUACAGGUCCUUGAGCUGACAAUAUGCACCUGCCAAGACGGAAUUGCCUGCUCAGAAAGAUUAGUUGACACAUCUGCUGCCUUAGGAGCUGGUGCAAUUGGGCUGAUGAUCCUUGCCUGUUUGUUGUUGCUUUUGGUCCCACUUCUUUUGCUGUUGUGCUACUGUGGUCAUGGAGAAAAAGGAUUUAUGGCUAUACCUGAUGGUACGGAGGCUACAAUUGUAAGAUGGAACAAUGAAGGUGCCGAGCCAGAAGACAUGGCUGUUAUGCCACCCCCAAUUAUCUCUAUUGGAUCGGCUACUGGGGAGGUUGGAUCUGGAGCAAGGAAAACUGAUGGUUUCAGCUCUAUGAAAACUGUGACUGGCUCCACUCAUGUUAAUCAAAGGUGGGAAGAAAGCAGAGGUCUGCUGACUUCUGCAGAAUAUGCAGUAGGUGAUAUGGGUUCCAGAUAUGCAGCAAGAUCACUAGGGGCUCUGGGAUCAGGAAGCGCUUCAGGUGCCGGAGCUGCCGGGGCCUUUGUAGGUGGUGGAGCUGGUGGAGCUGCAGCCCUGAAUGAAGAGUUGCUGAGAAGUUACUUCCAAGAUAAAGCCAUGUCAUUUGCCAACGAAGAGGAUAGCCAGCCAGCCAAAGACUGCAUACUUAUUUAUGCACAAGAAACAGCAUCACUUGCUGGAUCUGUUGGUUGCUGUAGUUUCAUUGAAAGUGAAUAUGAUGAUGAUGAUUACCUGGAUGACUUAGGGUUGAAAUUUAAGGCAUUGGCAGAGAUUUGUCAAGGCACUACAAUAAGCACUAAUGAGCAAGUACACCGGUAUAAGUCCUAUGAGGAGCUCAAUAAUGAAGUACUGCAAUCGGAUGCAGCUGUAGAAUUGGAUGUAAUGCAGGAGGAAGAAGCCUUAGGUGAACAAAAUGUAUCGAACAUGGAAAGCAUCUUUGCCUCAUCUACAUCCCAGGUCCAUAUACCAGAGCCAGCAAAAACAGUAUUUGAAGGGGUGGUUACUGACCAAUCCUUUGCAUCUUCUAGAUAUGCACACGAGCCUCUGAUUCAUGGUAAUGUUCUUGUCACUGAGAAAUCAUAUACUGUAGUUCCUACAGUACGUUUUGAGCCCCGACAUCAACAGAACAUGUUGGUGACUGAGAGGGUAAUUCGUCCAGCUUCUAGCUUACAUAAAAUAACUGAUAUUGCAGAUGGGCAAAAUAUUAUGGUUACAGAACGAAUGAUCCAGUCAGACAAAGGAAUCUCUGGAUAUGGGGAUGUUGGUGAGCUUGCAGAUUCUAAGUAUUUACUUGUAACAGAGAGGGUCCUUGCUCCUAGCUCUGGACUGCAGGCUUCUUUGAGCAUUCCAGACUUGUCUGCAGGGCAAAAUGUUGUGGUGACAGAGAGGCAAUAUACUCCUAUAUCUGGAGUGCAAGAUACAGUACUGAUUCCAGCUGAAUAUUCAGGUGGCCAACGUGUGGUUGAAAAUAUUACUGUCACGGAGGGUGGUGUGCAAGGCCAAGCACGCUUUAAUUUAUUGGAAGAAAUGCCUCCUCCUAGUAACAGUAUAGGCAAAUCCACAAGCAGAGUUACGAAAUAUAGCACUGUACAAUAUACCCGCUCAUAAAUAUCCUUUCUUCACUCUGUGUUCAGCAUAAAGUUGUUCCUUUAACUUCUAGGUAAAACUUGAGAUACAUAAAUCGAUAAUUCAAUAGAACAUACAGUACUAUGAGAACAGAGUAUCACUCAUCUAUGUAUUAUGUUGCAUAUUGCUGCAAGUAUUUUUUAGGGGAAAAAUAUCUAGAGGUGUUAUGUUCUGGAGUCUUUAAAAAAAAAAUUAAAAAAAAAAAAGGUAAAACCUCUUGAGUAUACAGAAAUAUUUAAGUUUAAAA